AUGCGUCCUACUCUUGCUCUUCGGGCCUUCCGCCCCACGGCUCGCAUGAUGCGACCCAUCCCCAAGGAGGACCAGGCCGGCCACACCGUCUCCCAGCGCCUUCGCAAGCUCAAGCAGAUGCCCGCUGAGCUGUACCCCCUCUUCGUCGUCGUCGGUUUUGCCCUUGGUGCCGCUGCCUACUCCUGCAGCCGCAAAUUCUUCGUCGACAAGAACCUGCGUCUCUCCCGACAGGGCGCUGCCGCUCGCGCCGCCCAGAACGAGAGCCACGGCGAUCACUAA